CCAAAUCGUAAAAAUGAAUGAAACAUUUUGUAAAAUUGUAUUUAAGGUGAGGCAUAAGGUAGUGUGGUAAGUUUAGAGUUAAGAAUAGAGUUAGGUUUAAAAUCACAUUUUAAGCAGAUAAAUUGUAGAAAUAGGCUAGGUUUAUGACUUUGUGGCUGUGGUAACUAGUGACUACCCUGAUGUCGUCAAUUUGUUGUGCUCACCACUUGUGUAAACAACCGUAACAAUCUGUUUAACAGUAGCUGCCUAUCUUCUGUUAAAUUGCAACGAAACCGUUUAUCAGGUGACAUACAGUUUACGUUAUCUUUAUCAGCAUACGACGGCACAGCUAGCCAGCUCAACAAUGAUUUCUAGGCUAGUUUUGUGUACUUUUGAUAACCGUAGACCUGUAUCAUAUCCUUUUUUUUAUGAUCGUGGUAGCGCUACGUUCAUCCACGAGCGCCUUUGUAUGUCAAGUGAGUAAGGGGCUUUGGUCAACUGAUGUCCACUCGUGAUUCUGCGAGGGUUCGAUCACUGGGAAAAGGAUACAACUUGCAUCAACAAGUCCUCGCCUCAUUCCCACUGUGUCAGCUGACAGAAGACCUGACCGAGAAUCCUCUAUUCUGCAAGCUCCCGGUAACGCUGUCACAGCGUGUGGACCGCCUCAGCCUUACUGUUACACUGAAGAGAGAGCUGGAGAAGACUAAGAGGGACCUGCAGACAGAGGCUUAAUGGGCUGUGUUCAGAGAGCCUGUACAGGCUACUGCAGGAGAUGAUCCAGGAGCACUGUGUCAGAAAGCAUCACUCCACUGUGCCUCCAGAGGACGACACUGUACAAUACAGAACAGUACUCAUUGCUCAUUGCUGAAUGGACUCUACUAUACAUAACUCUAGACUGCUCUAUUCUUGUUGUGUGUCUGGCAGAGCAACACAUAGUACACUUAGUACCAUAAUCCCUCUUUAAGGUUACACUUAUUAAUGCACAAAUAAUGUCUAUAGGCCUAGAUACAAGUAGAUCAUUGGUGAAGUAGUUUAACCACCCAAGUGAAUUUGAUUUCCAAAAGGUUACUUUUUGUUUACAUUGAUCAUCCAAAGUACUGUAUAAUGUUAGAAUAAACCUAAAUCUUGUUUCCCCCUGGCAGUUUUAUGAGACUGUGGAGCAGUGUCUGGUGGUGGCCCAGUGUGUCAGGUAGUUGGACCCUAGUGACACCACCAGCCAGGACCAACCUCCUGUCCUAGGAGUGAGUGUCCAACAGGUGCUGUAGCUGAUGCCACAAGAGGAGGAUAUAUGGAAAAUGAAACAAACUGCCCAGAGAAUUAGAAAAGCAUCUCUGGGAGACGUGUUUCAAGUCCUACUAUCAGCCUGAAUGGGAGGGUGAGAGUGAGGCUGAAGAACAUGAAGCUGUCUCGCUUGUCUGGCCCUCUGGAAAGCGAAAGGAUAAAGAGCAGAGAGUCUGAAGGGGAAGAGCCGUGAGUGCCGCCCUGCUGCAAAAGCAAACUCCCUGCUACCUCUCUGUAAGAGACUCUCAACACUUGGUUUGAUGUAUUCUUAGGUUUGUCUCACGUGUUGCGACCUUCACUCACGAUCGACGUGUUUUCUCCAGGAGCUGUUAGGAUGCAUUCAGAUUCUCCAGUCACUUAUCCUUGACCACAGGCUAAAAGCCCAGAAAUAACUUGACAGGAAACAGUUUGAGUACUUUGAGGCCAAAUGUGAGAUCAUCAUGCAGAAGAUCAGGUGUGAUUUGCCCCUCCUGUUUACAUCUACUCUACACUGGGCUCCUUCAGAUGCAGUUGACUGUUAAUGAGUGUGAGAAAUUGGUAUUUCAUGCAUCAGCAAUGUUCCGUUUUCGUGUCUCUUUUACAUUUCUUAAAUAUGUCUCUUCACAACAGAGGAGAUAUGUUGGAAAUUCAGCUGGACACCUACACAGCAGACACAAUGUCAGCCUAUAGAAUAACAAGGGGGUACUGCAGCACCUUCAGCAUUCCUACUUCCAGCGGCUAUGUAUACAGACCAACAUACUGAAGGAAGCUAGAAACAGAGUUUAAGACCGCCCAGUUAGAGAAGAAGUCUGGAGUCCAAACUGUAAUCCUUUGAGAUAUUUGGCAAGGAAUUCGAGGCAGUAGCCGGGGAAUAUUCCAGACUGCAUCGGGAGAUUGACACCAAAAAUUGGUCUCUGAAGGACUUCUCUCAGAACACGGUCUAACUGAGUUGGUGUCAGACAGUUCUGCCGCAGAUCUCUGACACCUUUGAUGACAAGCUAACUCCAUAGUUAUAUUAUUGUUUGUUUUUGUAAUAAAAUGCAUGAUUAGCCGGUGUUGUCUUGAAUGUUGUUAAUUCUGAUAAUAAUCACCCUGAUAUGAUACAACAAAUUAUAAAUUCAGACAUUAAGUUAGCUGGCCUAUUUGAAAAACCACGCCUGACACGAAUUUUCCACGGUCAGAAGGGAGAUUUUGCGCCUCUAGCGGGAAGAUAGUUUCUUCCAUCGCCGACUGAUCUCAAAUUGAUGACGUGGUGCGGUUCGUCGACCGGACGAUAAGGAUGGCCGACCAGAGCAGGCAAAUCAAACUCGCCGCAGCCAAGAAAAAGCUGAAGGAGUUUCAGCAGAAGAGUUCUCCUGCCAGUGGAGGAGAAGGAGGACCAGGGGCCAAGAAGACGAGGAAGGUGAAGGGAGGGAGCCAGCCAGACACACCCUCAGCUGACCGACACUCUCCAGACAAUAUUCAGAGUAUUCUGAAAGGUCUUAGUCAGACCAAUGGAUUAACUCUGCCUGCCUAUGGCAAAAGCCAGACCCACGUCCAUGGGGAGGUGAGGGGGUCCCCAGUUACCCAGCUACUGGAGGACCCAAACGGAGAGGCCGGCCGCGGCUCUCCUGUGUCUAACCCUGCUAGCUCUGCUACUAACACUGAGUGUGCCAGCCAAUCCAACAACACUGACCUGCAACAGAACUGCCCCCAUGACGGUAAUGAAAACCAUGCGGAUGAGAAUAGACCCCUGUCGUCCACAGAGAGCCUGCGACAGCUCUCACAGCAGCUCAACGGUCUUCUCUCUGGGUCAUCCACCACCUAUAUAAAUGGAGACAGUGCUCCCUCGCCAGCCAAUGAAAAAGAACUGGAGAGUCGAAACCAGGAGCUGGCAGCCGCACUGGACUCCAGCAACCUAACAAACAGUCAGCUCAAUACCAAGCUAGACCAGCUGACCGAGCACUCUCAGGCGCUCACAGAUCAGCUGCAAAAGGAGCGAAGAGAGUUUGAACAGAAGUGUGUGAAGGAGCAAGGAGCAAUGCGGGAACAGCUACAGGUCCACAUUCAGACCAUCGGCAUCCUGGUGUCAGAGAAAUCAGAGCUGCAGACCGCUCUGUCGUACACACAGCAGGCUGCCCGCCAGAAAACAGGGGAGGCUGAGGAGCUGAGUAACCGUCUCCAGGCCACCAAACAGAGAGUCUCUGAGCUGGAGAGAACCCUGUCCUCGGUCUCUACACAACAGAAACAGUUUGACAAGCAUAACAAAGAGCUCGAGAAAGAGAGAGACGACCUGAGGCUAGAGGUGUACAGACUGAAUAGUGUGAGUGAGGAGGGGAGGCAGCAGAGUUCAGAGCUGUCAGAGCAGCUCAAGCUGAGGGUGAGUGAGAACAACGCUAUGAGACUGGACCUGGAUGAACUGCGUAAGAGACUGGAGAUGACUGACGACAUGCUGCAACAGUUUUCCAGUCAGUCUGGGCCUCCCAGUGCCAACCAGCAGAUGCACUUACUACUGGAGGAGAAACUACAGAUUGAGGCACACACUGCUCAGUUAAUGGAGUCGGUUGCCCAGCUGCAGACCGAGAGAGACCGCUACGCUGUGCAGAUCCAGGAGGAGGGACAAGUAUGGAAGGACAAGACAGAGCAGCUGCUCUCUCAGGUGACACUAGUAGCAGAGGAGAGGGACAGGAGCAUCAGUCAGAUCCAGGAGCUUGAAGCCCAUAUCACAGAUCUGAAGCACACUGCAGCCCUUUUGUCUCAGGAGGGAGAGGCCCAGGCAGAGCCCCAGCCCUCAGGGCCCUCAGAGAGUGAAUUGGCCCUCCAGGAGGCCCUCGGCUGCCUGCAGCAGGAGAGAGACUCGCUCAACUCACAGUUCCAAGCCCAGCUGCGUGAUAACGAGCAGCUGAGUCGCAUGUGCUCUGAGCAGGAGUCCCGUCUCUCGGAGCUGGAGCGCCAUGCGGAGCGCGGGGCUGAGGAUGCAGAGGACCGCAGGCGCAUGCUGGAGGACGUGCAGAGUGACAAGGCCACCAUCAGCCGCGCCUUGGCCCAGAACCGCACCCUUAAAGACCAACUGGCUGAGCUGCAGAACGGCUUUGUCAAACUGACCAAUGAGAACAUGGAGCUGACCACUGCUCUGCAGUCAGAGCAUCACGUGAAGAAGGAGCUGGGACGCAGGAUGGGACAACUACAGGAGGACCUGCACAAUGUCAAGGAGCAGUUGGAUUUGAAGUCGCAGGAGUACCAGGCACUGCUGGAGCAGCGGGACCAGGUAGUGGCCCACCUACAGCAGUACUCUGCAGGCUAUACAGCCCUGGUGUCAGAGCGGGAGCAGCUCCACAGACAGUACCUGCAGCAGAGCCAGCUGAUGGACCGGCUGCAGCAUGACGAGACCCAGGGAAGGGUUCAGUUGGAGAUGAGCCACAAACAGCUGGAGCAAAACCAGGAGAGGCUGGAGCAGUUGUCCAGAGAUAACGAGCAGUUGAAGGCUGAAGUCACAGAGCUGCUCAACAGCUCAGCCCUUUCCACACUCCCCAGAAACCGGGGAGACGGAGUGGAGAGCCAAUCCCAGCAAGAGAGCCCACAGAAGUCCUCGAUCGCUAUCCCAGAAGACUUUGAGAGCCGCGAGGAGAUGGAGGAGUUUGUGCGCGGUGCGGUGGCGCGUGUGGAGGCAGAGCGAGAUGAGGUGAGGAGCAGACUGGAGGAGGAGAGGAGACUGCACUUCGCUGCCAGACACCAGGCUGCAGCACUCAGCAUGGAGCGCCACAGUCAUGACCACGACCACGGUCAGUGUCACGGUCACAACCAUGAUGACCACAGUCACCUUGAACACACAGUCUCAGGUUCAGAGGGUGUACCAGUGGAGGUACAUGAGGCCUUGUAUGUUGCCAUGGAGAGGCUGCAGCAGCGCUUCACCUCUCUGAUGCAGGAGAAGGCUGACCUGAAGGAGAGGGUAGAGGAGCUGGAACACCGCUGUAUACAGCUGUCUGGAGAGACUGAUACUAUUGGAGAGUACAUCACCCUUUACCAGAACCAGAGAGCCAUCAUGAAGCAGAAACACACGGAGAAGGAGCAGUACAUCAGUAUGUUGGCCCAGGACAAAGAGGAGAUGAAGGCCAAACUGUCAGAACUGCAGGACCUGGUGAUGAGGUUGGUGGGCGAGAGGAACGAGUGGUAUAGCCGCUAUACUGGGGCGCUGGCUAGCGCUGCGGCUAACCCUGACCUGCUGCCAGCCGGAGAGGAGCAGGUCCAGGCUCACCACACACACGGACACAUGGAGCUCAACGCUGUGGAUGGACAAGAGUCUGCGGAUGUAAGGUCAGCCGUGAAGCCUGACUCCACCGACCCCCCUCACGGUGGCCCGUCAGACCAGGUCCAGGGGCUCCCCUCAGACUCCCAGGCUCUGAUGAGGCCCCAAGAGGACGGCACGACCAGGCAGAUCAUGCAGCUGCUCCAGGAGAUCCAAAACCCCCAGGGGCCCCGCUCCGUGCCCUUCCUGGGGGACAACCCCUGUGUCCCGUUCUUUUACCGGCCCGACGAGCAGGACGAAGUCAAGAUCCUGGUGGUCUGAUGAUGAUGAGACUGUGGAGCUACGUUGGAGGAUCUCUGAACAGACAUACCAUUCCACCACGUCACACUCCACUUAGGUCAUCUAGGAUUUACACGUACACACAGUUCUGGGUAUACGGUCUCUCACACACAUGCACACUCACUCUCUCUUCUUUCUGGGAGAGGUUGUUUCCUCUCCUUCUCACUUUUCCUUUUGAGUCCUUGGCUGGUCUCGCAUGCUGUUUUUUUUUAAGUCACAGAGUGACUUAAGGAUGUGAACUCCUUGUGUAAGUGUGUGUGGCGGCUUGCCUCUCCUCGUCCACCUCUUCAUCCUCCUCCUUUGCAACCUCCUUACUUGCAGUGUGAAUGUUUGUCUGCUCUGUCUCCUUUAAUUGGUAUUUAAUACCAUUCGAUGAUUGGGAAGUAUUCCACCGGAUGCUAUUGAGAUUCUUCCUGUGAUUCUCUUGAUGGAGAGAUGUUUAUUCCUGCACAUUGAUCCCUCUGUUCACUAGCCUCCGUCUCUCUCCCCUUCUCUGCCAUUUGAACCAUAGGCACAAUAAAGUAUCUCUGUCGCCUCUCCCUCAGUCAUUGUCUAUUAUAGGAGAAAUGUAAGGCUUUGAGUGAGACGUUAGCGGCAACAAUGGAAUACAUGGAACGGUAUCAAACACAUGGAAACCACAUGUUUGACUCAUUCCAUUGAUUCAAUUUCAGCUCUUACAAUGAGCAUGUCCUCCUAUAGCUCCUCCCACCAGUCUCCACUGGUACCUUUAUGUUAAGGCACUAACUGGAUCCCCAUUCACAAUGUGUCUGACUCUGGAGCAGAACUGGGCCAGUCUGUCUGUGUGUUUGGUAGGAGAAACAGACAUGGCUUGGUUUAGUGUCUGACACUGGAGCAGAACUGGGCUAGUCUGUCUGUGUGUUUGGUAGGAGAGACAGACAUGGCUUGGUUUAGUGUCUGACACUGGAGCAGAACUGGGCUAGUCUGUCUGUGUGUUUGGUAGGAGAGACAGACAUGGCUUGGUUUAGUGUCUGACUCUGGAGCAGAACUGGGCUAGUCUGUCUGUGUGUUUGGUAGGAGAGACAGACAUGGCUUGGUUUUGUCUCUGACUCUGGAGCAGAACUGGACUAGUCUGUCUGUGUGUUUGGUAGGAGAGACAGACAUGGCUUGGUUUUGUCUCUGACUCUGGAGCAGAACUGGGCUAGUCUCUGUGUGUUUGGUAGGAGAGACAGACAUGGCUUGGUUUUGUCUCUGACUCUGGAGCAGAACUGGACUAGUCUGUCUGUGUGUUUGGUAGGAGAGACAGACAUGGCUUGGUUUUGUCUCUGACUCUGGAGCAGAACUGGGCUAGUCUGUCUGUGUGUUUGGUAGGAGAGACAGACAUGGCUUGGUUUUGUCUCUGACUCUGGAGCAGAACUGGGCUAGUCUCUGUGUGUUUGGUAGGAGAGACCGACAUGGCUUGGUUUUGGCGCGUGGGCUGUCUCAAUUAAUCUCCUCGUCGCCUCUCCUCCAUGACCACUGAUCGGCGACAAGACUGACUCACUCAGACAAGUGGUCAUGAAUGGAGGAGAACCGUAUCGAGGCACAGCCCUUGGUAGCUGUUGGUAUGUUCUAUGGCAGUGGAGUGAGUGUGUUGUCUGAGUAGGACAGGAUGGCAGGUGGGGUAGAGGAGGGCAGGACGAGUUGGGUACAGUACAUGAAGGAGGUGAGAGGCCAGGCUCGAGGCUUGGCCUACCUGGGGCAGAAGUCAGUCAGGAAAGCAUUGGUAAAGACACUAGCAUUUGGAGUGAUGGGAGCAGUUUGCACUUUUCACUUCUCAGUAGGAUACGCCAUAGGACGUCAGGAAAGGGAGGAACUAGCAUGUAGACACAUGGCUGCUCACCCCCACAACUACCUUGUCUAUCCAUCCUCUUAUGUGGAAACACUGAAAUUUGAACAUAUGUAUGUACACUAGAGCUUUAUCUUAUUUAUGCACACGAGCCAGUCGACUGAUUUGUAAUUCCUCAAGUUUUCUCUGCGGUUGUUUAUUUGAGGCCCCAUUUCAUAGCACCAGUUGAUCAUCUCUUGUUUAUCAAUCUUUCAAUUAUGCUGUGCUUGUUGCCCCUCAACAUAUCUCAUUUAUAAUUUAAGUUGCUCUCUUUGAGACUGGAUGAAGAUUGUGAGUCUGUUUGAUAAAUGAUUCAACCUCAAUUGUAUCCUCAUGAUUUGAAUGGUAGUUGUCUCUUCUCUCUAAAGUUACAUGGGCUUUUGCUGUAGGUUAUUGCACUAAAAUUGUACAGAGCUUCUAAUCAAACCGUGUCCCAUCUCACUUACUUUUGGAAAGUAGCUUUUCUAUGGCAGAUCCAUUCUGACAUUUUGGUUUCUAUACUUGGGAGCCCUAUGAUGUCAUCAUGUGCACUUUGGCACAUCGGGGCUCAGGGUUCCACGAAUGAAGACAGAGUGUGUGUUGAAGUGACCGAAAUAUUGUGUGUGGCGCAUGUGCACAGUGUGCACUAGGAGGAUGUGUAGGCAUGUACAAAUGAAUAGAGGGUUGUAAUGAUUCCAGUAACACACUGCAUGGGCAACGGGGGUAAGCUCUGCUGUUUGUUUGACAGGUGCAGGAAGGUCCUCUGUUUUUAGAUAACCUUACAAUGAUGACCCAAGUAAAGAUAAAAUUGCCAUAGGCACAUCUCUGCCACCCCACAGUUUUUGGGGAAAUGUGUGUACUCCCAAAAUAUUUAGGAUAUUUUUGAAUUUUUAUGCUUCCAGUGUAUCUCUGACUGCCAAUAUCCACAUUUGAUUUUCAUUCAAGAAUGGACUUUUUGUAGUAGGACUUGACAUGAUUUCUGUUGAAAGUGAUCCCAUCUGAAUAUUUAAAUUCCUGGCUUUCUUAGCAUUCUCUUUUCCUUUUAGAGUUGUUUUGGGAGUGGUAAAACCAAGAGAAUAUUUUAUAGUCAUUUACAACUAUUGUUUUGAAGGUGGUGACGAGAGAGUAAAGGUAACAGGUGAAAUAGUUUUUCCACGCUUUCUAAUUCAAACUGUUCUUUUGAAUGAAUGUGUGGGAUUGAGCACAUGAUGAUUAAGAGACAGAGGUGAACUCCUGUUUUAAAGGGACUGUAUAUACUGUAACUGUGUAACAUAUUGUAUAUUCAUUCUGCCUGGUGUGUGGGAAUAAGUGUAAUGGCUGUUUGUAGUGUUGCUAGCAGCCCAGAGGGCUUGUCUGUGUGUCUGUCUGAUCCAUUGUUGGCUUCAGGACACACACGGACAGCUGAAGUGAAGGGGUGGGGGUACCGUCUGUGAUUUAAUACAAAGGUUUAAAAAAAUCUAUUUAUUUGUAAUAAGUAUCGAAACUAAUCCGUUUUAAUGCAAUGUAGGAUCGUUGUGAGAGAACAAAAUGGCUUCCGGCAGUAUAUUUCUGAUGUGAUUUCUCCUGAUUAAAAGUGAUUGAGCAAAGCA